UAACUAAAAGCAGAGUGCAAAGUUAUUUCUUACGCAGUUGGUAAACAAAAGGGCAUAAAUAUGUUCAUACUGCAGUAUAUGGUUAUAACAGUUUUAUUUUCACUUUAUUCUUGUGAAAAUAUCCAUAUUGGUGCAGUAUUGAGCAGUAAAGAUAACCAGUACCUGCUAAAUGACUAUGUGGAAAAGGCGUCUGCUAGAAAAACAAGCAAAGCUAUAGAUCUGACCUUCAAUGCUUCAUCCUUACUGAUGGACAGUAACCCUGUUAGGUCUGCAUUAUCAAUCUGUGAUAAUUUGAUAACAAAGAGGGUGCAUGUGAUAAUUGCAAGUCACCCACCAUCUAGUGGGCAGUCUCCAAUAUCGGUGUCAUAUACAUGCGGUUACUAUGGCAUUCCACUUAUAGGCAUCUAUGCGAGAGAUAGUGCCUUUUCAGACAAGAACGUACAUCCAACUUUUAUGAGGACAGUUCCCCCGUACUUUCAUCAGGCAUAUGUAUGGAUAGAUUUACUGGUUCACUAUGACUGGAAACAAGUCAUAUUUAUACACAGUAUGGAUGAGGAGGGUCGUUCAAUACUCAGCAAAUUCCAGGCACUCGCAGAAGAACAAGAAAUUAAGAUAGAGAAGAGUGUGAAAUUUUCUGUCGGUUCCACCAAUUUCACAGACCUGUUAAAAGAGCUUCCACAGCAACAGUCCCGGGUGAUACUACUGUCUGCAGGAAAGGAAGAUGCUGAAAAUAUCUACCGUGAUGCAAGCGAGCUCGAUUUGACGACAGAGACUGACUUUGUUUGGCUUGUGACAGAAGAAGCUUUACUAGCCAUCAAUGUACCAGUAGGUGUGAUUGGAUUACAACUGAUAAAUGGGUCUAAUGAGGCAGCCCAUCUAGAAGACAGUGUUAGCCUGAUUGCUGAUACAGUCACUGAACUGUUCCUAGGUGGUAACUUAACACUAACAGAGACACCAAGAAACUGUAGUAGACAAGUCGCCGCUGAGGAUGAAAGAUGGGAACAGGGCGUUAAUUUACUUGAGAGUAUAAAGAGACAGAAUAUAGAUGGACAGACUGGGCGUUUAAGUUUUAAUGAGGAAGGUGAUAGACUGAACCCCAUGUACUGGAUCAAGAAUGUCCAUCCUGCAGGAACCGUUGUUGUAGGUUACCAUGGUAACAGACAAGGCACAGAGGAAAAAAAGUUAUCCUUUGGCAACACACCGAUUGAGUGGCCAUCUGGUGAUACAAAGAAACCUAAAGGAAUCAAAAUUUCAACACAUUUAAGAGUUAUCACUAUAGAAGCCAAGCCGUUUGUGUAUCAGGAGCCAAUCGUGAAUGGCGACAUGAGGAAGUGUAAUCAGGAGGAAGGGAUAUUGUGUAAACAUUACAACACUACAACACAGAUUGAAACAGAACAUUGUUGCUAUGGAUACUGUAUGAAGAUGCUUCAGAUGUUAGCAGCUAAAGUCAACUUUACAUAUGACCUGUACCUUAGUUCAAAUGAUUCAUUCGGAUCCUUUAAAAGGGUAAAUAAUGGAACAAAGAAAGAAUGGACAGGUAUGGUUGGUGAACUGGUCAAUGAGCAAGCUGAUCUGGUUGUUGCCCCACUUACUAUCAACCCUGAGAGGGCCCAAGCUAUAGACUUCUCUAAACCAUUCAAAUAUCAAGGUCUUACUAUUCUUGUGAAAAAGGAACAAAAAGAUUCCAGCUUGGCAUCCUUCUUACAACCAUUCCAGGAUACUUUGUGGAUUCUAGUUGGUCUGUCAGUGCAUGUAAUUGCUCUAGUGUUAUACCUACUGGACAGGUUUAGUCCAUUUGGUCGCUUCAAGCUCGCCAAGAAUGAUGACACAGAAGAAGAUGCCCUUAAUCUAUCCAGCGCUAUGUGGUUUGCCUGGGGUGUACUUCUCAACAGUGGUAUAGGAGAAGGAACCCCAAGAAGUUUCAGUGCACGUGUACUUGGAAUGGUAUGGGCAGGAUUUGCUAUGAUCAUUGUAGCUUCUUACACAGCUAACCUGGCAGCUUUCCUUGUGUUAGAUAGGCCAGAUGCUUCUAUAUCUGGUAUUGAUGAUUCUAGACUGCGCAACCCCAAUGAGAAUUUCCGUUAUGCCACGGUGAAAGAUAGUGCUGUUGAGAUGUACUUUAAGCGUCAGGUUGAAUUGUCUACCAUGUACCGUAAGAUGGAGGAAUAUAAUUACAACAAUGCUGAUGAUGCUAUCAAUGAUGUUAAAGAAGGAAUCAAGCUUCAAGCCUUCAUUUGGGACUCGUCUCGUCUCGAAUACGAGGAUGCCCGUCACUGUGACCUUGUCGUGGCAGGAGAGUUGUUUGGGAGAUCUGGGCUCGGUGUGGGACUGAGGAAAGGAAGUCCAUGGACACACCCUAUUUCAUUGGCCAUCUUAGAGUUACAUGAAGGGGGAGAUAUGGAGAAGCUUGAUAAUAAAUGGAUUUUGAUUGAGAGUACAGAUUGUCCAGAGAGAGACCAUACCCCGGCUACCCUAGGACUGACAAACAUGGCUGGAGUGUUUAUGAUGGUUGCUGGAGGGAUAGUUGCUGGAGUGUUCCUUAUCUUUGUGGAGAUUCUCUAUAAGAGACAUCGGGGCUUGAAAGAGAAGGAGCUAGAGCUGGCUAGAAAUGCUGCUGAUAGAUGGAGGGGAAAUAUUGCUAAACGUAAGACUUUACGACAGACAAUGCAGAACCAGAGGGAGAGCUUGAACAGGGUAAAUUCCAUUGCUGCAAAACCUGGAGUGAUUGAUAAUAACAGUACAUUAAAUGCUGGAAUACAUAGAUCAAGUCUUAAACAGCCAGGAUCAAGCAACUCGCCACCUAUCCUGAAACCUAAGGUUACCAUACAGAGUGGACGUGGAGUUGCACCAUCUCCAAGUAUAAUGCUAACCAACCCAGCUUUCUCGGCUUCCAACAGAUCUGAUUUUGUGUAAUUUGAACUCUUUAAUUGCAGUAACUUUUUGAGAUCUUUGAUAUAGUCUAGAAUAGUGAGUGUAAAUUUAGGUAUAUUAAGUAAUUCUAGAUCUGUGUGUAAUUUAUGAUUCUUGUGGUCAUUUUUGUAUAUAAAUGCAAUAAAAAAUGUGUUCAUGAAUUAUCUUACUGCAGUUACUUAUGAGAAACCUCAUAAUACAUAUAUCUAUAUCUACAAAUAGAAUUACAAACAAAUAUUUUAUUUCAUUUUCUAAUUUAGAUAUGUAACCCAAUAAAGACUUUAACAUAGAGAAUGUGUUUUUAAAAAAGUUCUAAAAGAUAUAACGUGUUCAUUUGUUUCAUUAUGCAUUACCAUGGAGGCUUGCUUAGUGAAUACAGCUCAGUAAUGCCCCCCUGUUACUUAUGUUUGAAUAUGAAACAGAACAGAAAGCAAUAAUUACCUUUUACAAAAGUCUUUCAUCAAAAAUGUUAAUCUUCUUUAAAACAUAAUGUUGAUUAACCCUCUUCCAGAGUGUAAAUAUAAGGUUGUGUCUCUUUAAAUGACUGUAGUUUUGUAUGUAUAUAUUUUACAAUUUAUUCAGAAUAUAUAUCAAUUUAUUAAUUGUUGUACAUUGUAACAUAAAGUAUUUGGCCAAAAACCUGAAAGCAUUGUUGGUACCAAAGUUUUUGUAUAUAUUUGACCAUACAUGUUCAUUAUUUGUUCUGAUUACUUAUUCGUACAAACUGCUAAUGAAUUUGCUAAAUUGCUAGACUAACUUGUUUUUGGGGGUUUUAUGUGCUUUCAUUAAUUAGGUGUUUGGUUUUGGUCGUGGAAAAAAUUUAUACAGAUCUUUCUGUAUAGAUAGUGCAUACAGGCGCAAUCCUUCACCAUUUAAGCUUGACAGUCAGUUGGUUUAUGGACUAACGCUCAUACAUUUCACUGAGAUACUAAGUUGUUUUUUUAGAUCCCUUGGACAUUUUCAACUUGUAUUAAAGUGAAUUGUUGGACAUUUGCCCCCGCUCGUUUUUAAUGUAUUAAAAUAAAACCCUGUAU